UGGGCACAGGUGGGUGGCACUGGUGGGCACAGGUGGGUGGCACUGGUGGGUGGGCACAGGUGGGUGGCACUGCUGGGCACAGGUGGGGGCACUGCUGGGCACAGGUGGGGGGCACUGCUGGGCACAGGUGGGGGCACUGCUGGGAACGGGUGGGCGGGGCUAGUGGGCGCACUGCUGGGCGGAACUUGCGGGUGUCACUGCUGGGCACCGAUCAUCAGGGCACUGAUCAUCAGUGCCCUGAUGAUCGGUGCCGAUCCCCGCUCUGACAACUGCCGGUUCUCGGCAGUACUUUCCUCACGAUCUGACAGCGUGAGGAAAGUGCAGCCGAGAACCGGCACUUGC